GCCUUCUUACGAGGGCGAGAAGAGGGAGGAGGAUUAGAGGCUGAGGCCAUUUCUGAAGGGAAAAAGAAAAGUCGGCAAAAUCCGCGAGGAAAAUUCCAUGGCCGCUCACCUCUACUCCAUCCCAGCCCCAACUCUGCCCAGCACGACGCUCCGGCGACCCCUCGCCGGCGCCGGAGCGAGAGUAGCAACGGGAUGGGGGACGGAGCUUGGGAGACGGGAUGUGAGGUUGGUGGGGAGGGCGGCAGCAGGAAGCGACAUCUUGGGGGAUAUAGGGGCAAGGGACCCUUUCCCCCAGGAGUUGGAGAGCAACUUCUGCGACAGGGUGAUCGGUAACGCCAACACUGAGCACCAGAUCCUUGUUCCAGUGAGCUCAGCUCUCUCUCUCUGGAACCAGGAAUGCCGCCCUCUCUCCCCCUCAGACACUCCCUUCUCCUACGACGACGCCCAGAAUUUCCUUAGAAAGGUUGUCGGAUGGCGAUUGGUUGAUAAGGAUGGCACCUUGAGGUUGCAUUGUUUGUGGAAGUUGAAGGAUUCGGCAUCUUCUGAUGAACUUGUUUCCAGGAUACGUAGAGCGGUUGGACACACGGGCCACUGCCCAGAAUUUUUCAUUGAAAAUUCAACUCAUGUUACCGCAGAACUGUGGAGUUCAAGUAUAGGGGGGCUGAGUAUGAAUGAUUUUAUCAUAGCAGCAAAGAUAGACAGGGUUAAAACGUCUGACCUCCUUCCCAAGAAAAGAGUUUGGGCAUAAUCUACAUAUCAUAACUUGUGUCGCAGCUCUGUAGUUACGUUAUUCAUUGAGAAAAAUGAUGCCAUUCUUUACCAAACAGAAGGGUCAUGUUAAAUGGAAAAAAAGGGAACCCUUUUAGUAGUCUAUCUCCCUAAUCCCAGGUUAUUGGACGUUGUCCUCUCGACCUCUUGCUUACAUGCUCUGCUGCUAACUGAAUAAAGGCCUGCUCGAGAGGAAACUGAAAAUUUUGUCUAAGGGCAAGGUAAGUCUACUAGCCCUUUGAUGUAUUGUUCGUCACCAGAUGGAAAUGGUCUUCCUCGUGCUGUGGUUUAAUGAAAUUGGUGUUUUUUCCUCA